AUGGCAGAUAUUCUCCUCGCAUUCAAAGCUGGGCGCGCCUUCCGCCAGGGCAACUCCAACACUGUUGAUCCAAGCCCCACGAAAGGCGCCAUCGUGCUCACUGUCGACGAUGGGCUUCUGCAUUUUGCCUGGAAGAAUCGCACAACUGAUACAACAGAAGAGGACCUGAUUCUCUUCCCCGGAGAUGCCUCUUUCGUCAAAAUACCAUCGGCGUCGGGACGCGUUUAUGUCCUCAAGUUCGCUUCGUCAGACCAACGUCACUUUUUCUGGCUUCAGGAAGAAUCCACUGCUCGAGACGAGGAGUUCAUCGCCAAUGUCCAGAAAUUGUUGGACGAUCCCGAGGCCCAGCUCACCUGGGGUGCUAGUGCAGGCCCUUCCCAACCCCAAGCAUCUACGUCUACUGCUGCUUCGUCGUCCGCGGCGACCGCACCUCUAAUUCCUCCAGAACAACUAGCACAGCUCCAGGCAUUGCUGGCGGGUGGUCGUAGCGCCCCUGCUGCCCCAGGCAUAGUACUCGUUGACGGAUAUCUUGACCCCCGCCAACCUCAACCCGUUGUUCACGUCCCAUCCAGAGCUGAUACCCACCCUCUUCCCCCACCUCCCGCCCGAUCUUCCAGUUCCGCCUUCACAAGACGCCUUGCAGCGUAUCAUCAAGUAUGUUUCUCUGUCGGUUAUGCGGCAAGUGCUGACCUUUCCUCCAGCUCUCCCCAGUUCCGCGCUGCUGUGUCCAACUUUGACCAGGCACUCCGCACUGGGCUCUUGGGUGGACUGGUCAGAACGCUGGGACUUCCGGAGGAAGCAGGACUGGGAAUCGAGCCAUUCUUGAGGGCUAUACAAGAGCAGGCAGACAAGCCAACUGAUGACCGCAUGGAUACAGAUUGA